UCCAAAUUUUACUCGAUGAGUAAAGCAUUUAUGACUAUGAGUAGCAUUUAAUUGACCAAUCAGGACGAGAAGAAUAAAGGUCUCUUGAUGGUCUGAAUGAUUAAUUAAUGGUACUUUAUGGUCCAUCGAGUCGAAUUUUGGAACGUAGCCAAGAAGGAACUGCGUAUCAAAUCUAACCGUAGAGGAAGUAGGGGUAGAGCUAGGCGUAUUAUCACGCAUGAUAUCUCACGCGAAUCAACCUAUCCCACGUAGUGCAUACAUGCUCCACGUAUCUUGCACACGCUAUGCACGACGCAUCACACACCACACACACACAUACACACGUAUACGCCAAAUGUCAUAUAAUCUACCGAUGGACAUAACGAACAACAAUCUAAAAGAAAUUGGAGCUCCGCUGAAAUAAGACUGUUUCUUUUAUAUGUGCGUGUCACACGAUUUUUUUUUAUAACCAAUAUCGCCUCUUUGCACUCGGAAUACUCGAGUACGCGUAAUCUCGCGUUACGUGCGACAUUGUUUUGCAUCGGAUCGAAUCAUCAGAUGUUUAUGCUUCAUGCGGCACGUAGGCGCACCGUGAUGUGACCCGAGAGCAACCCGAGAGCAACGAAACGAGCAGGGUUCCAGCCGUGUGAUUUGCAUUGUUACUUUUAUUAUCGCUAAUUAAUGUUGCGACUAACUGGUCACGUCAGCGACUCUUGCUGAAAUGAAUCUCGAAACUAGUGGAAGAAUGUUCUAUCGGCUAUUCCUAGCAAUUUUGCUUUUCCACUUACAAGUAGGUGGAAAUUAUUUUGGAACCAACUCCAGGAAAGAUGAUCAAUGCUUCUGCAAGCUGAAGGGAUCUAUAGAUGACUGCACUUGUAACAUUGAUACCGUGGAUUAUUUUAAUAAUAUGAGAAUAUAUCCAAGAAUUCAAAGUCUUCUAGUCAGAGAUUAUUUUAGAUUUUAUAAAGUAAACUUAAAGCAGGAAUGUCCAUUUUGGGCAGAUGACAGUAAAUGUGCUAUACGUUACUGUCAUGUUUUACCCUGUCAAGAUGAUGAUAUCCCUGAAGGUUUAAAGGGAGAGAUUCCAAGAAAUAUUCAUCUUAAUGAAAGCCCGGUGGAUAAGUAUAGAGCCAAUUCACAAAUCACUGACUGCAGGCACAGUGCAAAAGAUCAUAAUAUAGAACUUGGAUUUUUGAACACAACAAUUAGUUCUGAAAAUUAUAAAGAAUUUGAACGAUGGCAACAGCAUGAUGAUGCCCAAGAUAAUUUUUGUGUAAAAGAAUCUAGUCCUGGGGAAUAUGUGGAUCUUUUACUUAAUCCUGAAAGAUAUACAGGCUACAAGGGAUUCAGUGCACAUAGAAUAUGGCGAAAUAUUUAUAUGGAAAAUUGUUUUAGACCUGAAAACUCACCUCACAUUUUUAUACAAUCUUCUAAGAUGAAUGGAAUGUGCUUAGAGAAACGAGUUUUUUAUCGAGUUAUAUCCGGUUUGCAUGCUAGCAUCAAUAUACAUUUGUGUUCGAAAUAUUUGUUGGGCCCACAAAGCGGUUUGCAAAUAUCUGACAAUCAAUGGGGUCCCAACUUGGAUGAAUUACAAAGAAGAUUUUCUCCUGAAACAACAGGUGGCGAAGGUCCAAAUUGGUUAAAGAAUCUAUAUUUUACCUAUUUAUUGCAAUUGAGAGCUUUAGCCAAAGCUGCGCCUUAUUUGGAAAGGGAAGAAUAUUAUACAGGCAAUGAAAUGGAUGACGAAGAUACAAGAUUAGCUAUGAAUGAUAUACUGAAUGUUGUUAAGUCAUUUCCGGAACAUUUUAAUGAAACAGUUAUGUUCACUGGUGGAACAGAGGCACAACUGUUAAAGGAAGAAUUUAGGCAACAUUUUAUAAAUAUUUCACGCAUAAUGGAUUGUGUGGGAUGUGACAAAUGUAAGCUAUGGGGUAAAUUGCAAAUCCAUGGCCUUGGCACUGCGUUAAAAAUAUUAUUCUCAGGAAAAUUUGAUAAAUGGGAACCAACACUUAACAACCUCAACCGAAAGUUAUUCUUCUUAGAAAGAAGUGAAAUUGUUGCUUUGGUGAAUGCUUUCGGAAGAUUAUCAGAAAGUAUUUUCGAAUUAGACAGAUUCCGUAGAAUGAUGAGAUAACGCACUAUCGAUUUGUAAUUAGAGAUUUUCCAGUACCACUACGAGACAUCACGUAAACACAUCACAUCGCUUAGAUUUUCUACUUGCUUUUUUUUUACUAUUCUUAUUUGUAAAACGUGAAUUUUGUUGCAUCUGACUGAAAUUGAGUGCAUGUUUGCAUUAAUAUAAGUUUCUAACAUUGCAUAUUUACAUAAUUUCAGUGAUUUAAAUAUAAAAUAUUGUAAUCACAAAAUGUCAGUUCAAUUGUCAGUUGCAAUUAAGUUUGGAUCCUUUACUCAUAAUUAUAUCUUCCGAUAUUAUAGGAAAUAUAUAUAUAUAUGUGCAUACAUAUAAACCAAUUGCACCAGUGUUUACUCAUGCAAGUCGAUAAUUAAGUUUUCUUCCUAUAUUUGUAUUUUUAUUAAGAUUAUAAGAUAAAAAAAGCGAGAGUUACUUAGAAUAGUUUAGAGGAAAAAAAAUUAUUGGUGUACAAUUGUGGUUAUUACAUGAAGAAUGUAAUUAGAUAUAUUUAUCCUGUAAGACUGGUGUCCGAAUUGAUAUUUUCUUCCGUAUUAUAGCUUUUGACUCCGUCUGUGAUAAAUAUUUUAUCUAAGGCAACUAUAUUUACAUAACUUAAAUUUGUGUAUAUUAUGCUUUGAAGUUGGGAUUUUGUUUAUAUAAUACAUAUUUUUAUAUAAUCGAUGUGACAUAAAAUCCUACUCGUAAGAGUAAUCCAUUAUUUAUAAA